AUGAAAGAAAAGUUAGGAAAUUGGAAUAAAAUAAGAAAGUACGAAAACGACAAAUGUGGCUUCAUGGCAAAAGCGUCUUUAGAAUACCUACUUGAAGCGGCUAAAAAACAGAACCUGAAGUCUUUAGUGGUCGAACAGCUUAAGGAGGCUCGAGUCUGUCUCGAGCAGGUUGUAAAUCGCAUUCCCGAGCUCAUAAAGGCUGACAGAAUAUUGUGCCAAAAACUUACAAAUGACAGCAGCUCACAGAAAGAACUAGAUAUUUACAGACCGAUACAUGAGAGAAGUUUACAAUUGAGGAGAAAAAUGGCCGUUUUUGGCAUUCAGGAAGUAUCCAUCAUGGACAUCAGUUGCGACGAUCUAGAAUUGAGAGCCGAUAAAAUUUCACCUCUCGGUAGGGACGCAUUUACCACUGUCCAUCGAGGGACAUUAAAAAUGCGAAGAAAAGAUGAAUCCGUCGAAGUAGCUGUGAAAGUGUGGAAUAGUGAACUGGAAAAUUUUGAUGCAAGUGACUUUCUUUCCGAAAGAGAGACACUGAGGUUGGUUUCCUUAAUUCAUUUUUAGAUUUCAUGUCUUUUGCGCUGGUUUGUUAUCCUUUUCUAGCCCUUUGUUUAUUCCCUUGUUUCAAUUGUCUUUGUAACUUUUUUAUUUUGUUUCGUAGGUAAUUUUUUGGACCCAAGGCUUUACUUUUUUGAUAGUUUACAUUUGUUACAAGGAGAAAUUUAAACAAUGAAACAAAAUGAAAACAUUUAACAACAAAAUGAAAUCAUAGCUUGGCAACAAUUAACCGAUGAAAGAAAGAGUGGUAUUGUCUCAAAGACAUUGGGCUAAAGGUAAUUCAUGAAUCUAAAUUUUUUCUAGGAAGCUGAAUCAUCCAUUCAUCGUAAAUUUCUAUGGUGCUGCCCUGAUUAGAGAAGAAGAACGGUUGAGAGUAACUCUUGUGAUGGAACUUUGCAAAGAAAACUUGAUGGGACGCAUUUUCCAGAAUCGGGACAAUAUACCUAGUCUGUCCUUAACACCUGGUGCCGCGAGAAGUGUAAUUCGAUGGGCGAGAGACAUCGCCAAUGCUCUCGACUUUAUACACAGUCAGGGCAUUGUUCACAGAGAUUUCAAGUUGGAAAACAUCAUGGUAAGUACGAAAAAUGGCACACGGAUCAUAUCAUAUUUCAGAGUGGCAUAUGAUAAAAAAACAGCCCAAACAUUCACUAACUCUGCGAUUACAUUUACACUGCAUUUGACGAGAACCACCGCAGGCUUAGCAGAAAAGAGAAACACAUUUAGCUUUCUAGUAAGCCUAAAGAGUCUUCUACUUCUGUCUUUUGUUAUGUGCAUUAUCUCACAGCUGUCACAUGAAGAUGAUGUCAGGGUCGCUAAUGUCAGUGUUUCUAGAGGAGCCAAGAUGACUACAGGAACAAUGAAGGAAACUUUUUACAUUGCCCCAGAAGUGAUCAAAUCAGGGUUUUAUGAUAGCAAGGCCGAUAUCUACAGCUUCGGCAUAAUGCUCUGGGAGAUGCAUGGAAAAAGAGCCCUUACAGAUGUAGAGGGAGACGUGAGAGCGGUUUAUGGUGAGGAUGCUGAACGUAAUAGACCAACUCAAGUCGACCAAGACAGGAAGAAACCUCCGCCUACAUUGCAAGAUGUAAUGCAAGGUUGCUUGGAUGAAGAAGCAGACAAACGACCAGAUGCCACAGCAUGUCGUCAAAGGUUGACCAUGCUCUACCAGGACACAUUUCCACCAAUUUGA